GGAAGGGUGUUUUUGUCUUGUCAGGUGCAGAUCUGAAUCCCCAACGACUAUAUAAUGAGCUACCCGUUUUUUGUGUCAUCGUAUGAAUUCUGAAUUCCCUCGUAAACACAUUCUCCUCCUAGGAAACAAAUCGUUCGAUCCGAAGGGCACUAAAACAAAGAAAUAUGGUGAAGAUAUGCUGUAUUGGGGCAGGAUAUGUGGGAGGCCCUACCAUGGCCGUGAUUGCUUACAAGUGUCCUAAUAUUCAAGUGGCCGUAGUUGACAUUUCAGUUCCUCGUAUCAGCGCAUGGAAUAGUGAUCAGCUUCCCAUCUACGAGCCAGGGCUUGAUGAUGUGGUGAAGCACUGCCGUGGCAAGAAUUUGUUCUUCAGCACAGAUGUUGACAAACAUGUCUUUGAGGCCGACAUUGUCUUUGUCUCGGUUAAUACUCCUACCAAGACUAGUGGUCUUGGAGCUGGAAAAGCUGCAGACUUGACUUACUGGGAGAGUGCAGCCCGCAUGAUCGCUGAUGUGUCUAAAUCGGACAAGAUCGUGGUUGAGAAGUCCACGGUUCCUGUCAAAACUGCUGAGGCCAUUGAAAAAAUCUUGACUCACAACAGCAAGGGAAUAAACUACGUGAUUCUGUCGAACCCAGAGUUCCUCGCUGAAGGGACUGCAAUUCAAGAUCUUUUUAACCCAGACAGGGUUCUCAUCGGAGGCCGGGAAACUCCAGAAGGGUUCAAGGCUGUUAAAGCAUUGAAGGAUGUUUACGCCCAUUGGGUUCCUGAAGACCGCAUUCUCACCACCAAUUUGUGGUCUGCAGAGCUGUCGAAGCUGGCUGCUAAUGCUUUCUUGGCACAAAGAAUCUCAUCUGUCAAUUCCAUGUCUGCUCUGUGUGAGGCCACCGGAGCAGAUGUUACCCAAGUGGCAUAUGCUGUUGGCACUGACUCGAGAAUCGGACCCAAGUUCCUCAACGCCAGUGUGGGCUUUGGCGGAUCCUGCUUCCAGAAGGAUAUCCUCAACUUGGUCUACAUUUGCGAAUGCAAUGGCCUUCCUGAGGUUGCGGAAUACUGGAAGCAAGUCAUCAAGAUCAACGACUAUCAGAAGAACCGCUUUGUCAACCGCUUGGUCUCGUCCAUGUUCAACACGGUGGCCAACAAGAAAGUUGCCAUCUUGGGCUUCGCCUUCAAGAAAGACACAGGUGACACAAGAGAGACUCCAGCCAUCGACGUCUGCCAGGGCCUUCUUGGUGACAAGGCCCAGCUGAGCAUCUACGACCCUCAGGUGACGGAGGACCAGAUCCAGCGGGACCUCUCGAUGAACAAGUUUGACUGGGAUCACCCCCUCCACCUGCAGCCAAUGAGCCCCACCGCGAAGAAGAAGGUGCAAUGUGUGUGGGAUGCAUAUGAGGCUACCAGGGACGCGCAUGCGGUCUGCAUCCUGACAGAGUGGGACGAGUUCAAGAAGCUCGAUUUCCAAAGGGUGUACGACAACAUGCAGAAGCCAGCGUUUGUGUUUGAUGGGAGGAACGUGGUGGAUGCGAAUAAGAUGAGGGAAAUAGGUUUCAUUGUUUACUCGAUCGGGAAGCCUCUGGAUGCGUGGCUCAAGGACAUGCCCGCUGUUGCAUAAUUCAUAAAUGAUAUGGAUUCGAGCAAGCUGCUGAGGCCGACUUUAGGCUUCUAUAUUUUUCACUAUAUAAUCAUUUUUUUGCUUCCUUUUUGGAGGAGCUUUGUUUUGCUCCAUUUAAAUAUUCUUUGGUUAUUUUCUGGUAAGGCCUUUCUUACUUGGAGGAUCUCCAUAUUUGGCCUAAUUUUGGUCUUUAUAAUCUCAGUUUACAUUUGGUAUUAA